AUGGGCCUUACUGAUACUAUUAAGGAGAUAAAUAAUGCAACAUCCCAAGAAAAGGCCAAGACAAUGAUUUUUCUCCGUCGAUAUCUUGAUGAAAGUUUAAAAUAUGAAUAUCUUACUACAAAAGAUCCAAGUGCAUUAUGGAAAGAUCUUAAAGAAAGAUACGACCAUCAAAAGGAUGUUGUUCUUCCAGCCACACGUGAUGAAUGGAAUGGUCUACGUUUCCAAGAUUUUAGAAAGGUUAAUGAUUAUAAUUCAGCAAUGUUCAGAAUCGUUUCUCAACUAAAAUUCUGUGGGCAGAAAAUCACAGAAGAGGAAAUGUUGGAGAAAAAAACGUAUUCUACAUUCCAUGCAUCAAAUUUAACAUUGCAACAACAAUAUAGGAUGCGUAAUUUUAAGAAAUAUUCUGAACUUAUUACAUGUCUCCUUGUAGCAGAGAAAAAUAAUGAACUAUUAAUGAAGAAUCAUCAAUCACGACCUACUGGUUCAAUGGCACUUCCAGAAGUAAAUGCCACAAACUAUAAUAAUUACGGAUGA